UAUAAAAGUGGGAGGUGACAUCGUGGCAUUUCAACUCUGUCGAUCGUACCGACCGAGUGUUGAUAACGACGAGGCCAAACCACCGUGCUAACUAGAAAACAUCCCACAGUCGCCGGAAUUUGUUUUGUUGCAGCCAUGUGCGGUAUAUUUGUCUACCUGAAUUAUUUGGUACCGGCCACACGGCAGGAAAUUCUGGAAAUCCUGCUCAAUGGUCUGAAAAGACUAGAGUACAGAGGAUAUGAUUCUGCCGGCAUUGCUAUAGACGACUGUGGAGACAUUGGGGAUGGCCCAAGACCAAUGAAACUCAUCAAGAAAAAGGGCAAGGUUCAGGCUUUGAGAGAAGAAAUAGAAGCUCAGAAGGAGAUGAAAUUGGACCAGCAAUUCCAUUUCCACGUUGGUAUUGCUCACACUCGCUGGGCCACCCACGGGGAGCCCAGUCCACGUAACAGCCAUCCACAGAGAUCAGAUCCUCUGUCAGAAUUUGUGGUUAUUCACAAUGGGAUCAUUACAAACUACAAGGAUAUCAAAUCUUUUCUGAUGAACAAAGGAAUGGAGUUUGAGUCAGAAACAGACACUGAAGUUAUUGCCAAACUGGUGAAGCACUUGUAUGACACCCACAAAGAACAAGGGAUUUCAUUCCGAGAAACGGUGGAAAUGACAGUCCAGCAACUGGAAGGAGCAUUUGCCCUGGCCUUCAAAAGUGUCCAUUUCCCGGGCGAGUGUGUGGUGGCCAGGAGAGGAAGUCCAUUGUUGAUAGGUGUUAAGAGUAACUCCAAGCUUUCCACAGAUCAUAUACCUGUUCUCUACAGUAAAGACACCAAAGAGUUCACCACAGAAGAACACCGAGGCUAUAUGGGUGCUCAACAGAGGUUGGACAGUACAGCAGAAUUCCAUCCAGUUGGAACAGACAAGAAAGUUGAAUACUUUUUUGCCUCUGAUGCCAGUGCAAUUAUUGAACACACGAACCAAGUGAUUUUCCUGGAAGAUGAUGACAUUGCCUGCGUCAAAGAUGGCUGCCUUAAUAUCACCCGUGUCAAGAGGAGCCUGGAUGACUCUACAGUCCGCGAAGUCAUCACCCUUAAGAUGGAAAUACAGCAAAUCAUGAAAGGAAACUUCAAAUCCUUCAUGCAGAAAGAGAUCUUUGAACAACCCGAAUCUGUGGUAAACACAAUGAGAGGCCGUGUGAACUUUGAGACAAACCAGGUUAUCCUGGGCGGAAUUAAAGACUACAUGACAGAAAUACGCCGUUGUCGGAGGCUGCUCUUCAUCGCCUGCGGAACCAGUUACCACAGUGCCAUAGCAACCCGUCAGUUGCUAGAGGAGCUGACAGAGUUACCUGUGAUGGUUGAAUUGGCCAGUGACUUCCUGGACAGAAGCACACCUGUCUUCAGAGAUGACGUCUGUUUCUUCAUCAGUCAAUCAGGUGAAACGGCUGACACCCUGUUAGCUUUACGUUACUGUAAACAGAGGGGUGCCCUCAUCGUUGGCAUUACCAACACUGUGGGCAGUAGUAUAUGUAGAGAGUCGCACUGUGGGGUCCACAUCAAUGCUGGACCAGAGAUCGGAGUGGCCAGUACCAAGGCAUACACAAGUCAGUUUAUCUCGUUGGUGAUGUUUGGGCUGAUGAUGUGUGAGGACCGGCUCUCCAUGCAAGACAGAAAGAAUGAGAUCAUCCAGGGGCUGAAAAAACUACCAGAAGAGAUCAAGGAAGUCCUCAAGAUGGACGAUCAGAUUAAGUCUCUGGCCCAGGAGUUGUAUCAGCAGAAGAGUUUACUGGUCAUGGGACGGGGAUUUAAUUUUGCCACCUGUCUAGAGGGUGCAUUGAAAAUUAAGGAGCUGACGUACAUGCACUCUGAGGGCAUUAUGGCUGGGGAGUUGAAGCAUGGGCCCCUGGCACUGGUGGACAAGGCUAUGCCAGUCAUGAUGAUUGUCACACGAGACCAUGUACAUUCUAAAUGCAUGAAUGCUCUCCAGCAAGUCAAGGCCAGACAUGGUGAUCCAAUUCUUAUUUGCAAUCAUGGUGAUGCGGAAACUCUGGCGCAAGGGUCUAAAUGCAUCGAAGUUCCGCACACGAUAGACUGCCUACAAGGCGUCCUGACCAUUAUACCCAUGCAGCUGUUAUCACUGCAUAUCGCCGAGCUGCGGAAUUGUGAUGUCGAUUGUCCGCGGAAUUUGGCCAAGUCUGUCACUGUGGAGUAAAUUAAUCCAGACCUAUAUGUGGAUCAACCACGCCAUCUGCUGAAAACCUACACAUUGAUGCAUAUGGACAGCUGAGAACAGACCAACAGACAAACGAACAUACAUGUACACACCAUACGGCGGCCGACCAACUGAAGCUACCACCUGUUAUAUCAGUU